AACUUCUUUCUCAGCCCUCACCCCCUCGUCCUCGUCACCCACCCCCCUCACCCCCAACACCCAUCCUCACCCAGCCCUCACCCCCUCCCGCCUUAACCUCACCCCUAACAGAUCGUCCUACACAACCCUCACCCCUACACCCUCCCCCCUCCACCUCACCCCUCUCGGAAGAAACACAGAGGAAGAGGAGGAAGAGGAGGAAGAGGUUGAAUACAGACUGACUCUGGUUGGCUGCCUCCCGGUCCAUCACCUCACCACCAUGGCCAUGCUGCCCUGGGUCGUGGCUGAGAUCGGGAGGCCUCGGCCUGGGGAGAGAGACAAGCCCGUAGGGGGUCGGCCGCCUGGAAGUCCUGAGGAGGUGGAGAGGGACAGGCGACCGUGGGACCCCCUCACACACACUCACAGGUUGUUGUUUGAGUGCCGGCCGCACCGCGUCACCAAGCUACUCCACGACAGCAGGGAGCCGUGUAGCUUUGGUUGUCUCGUUCGAGACACACAUCUCUGUUACUGCUACGUCUUCCAAUGCCAGGACUGCACCAAGGUCCCUGAGAUCAUCAGUACGCUGCGUCAGGCCGGGAAGAGCUCGGCGCGCAACGAUGACCUCGCAGCGCACAAACCCGCCGCCUCUUCCUCCUCAGAAGACUGUACUCCGUCCGCGUCGUCGGCCUUCGGCGCUGCCACCAUGUUCGCCAAGAGGUUUGAGGUUCUGUUCUGUGGAAGAGUGACCGUCGCCCACAAGAAAGCCCCGCCCGCUUUGAUUGACGAGUGCAUCGAGAAAUUCAGCCAAUCCGUAAGGGCCGGGGGCGAUCCUCAACCAGAAAGUGGCGGUGGAUUGGUGGACGGGCUGCGGAGAGCUCUGGCCUUACCGACGCUAACGCGAAAUGGAGGAACGGGGGAUGGAGAGGUCAGGGGAGGAGGGUACGGUGCCUCUAGUGGUGGGAGGCCGGUGAUGUUCCAACCAGACCCCAGUUUCCCCUGCCUCAGAGCCCUGGAUGAGAACGGCCUGUCACCUGAACUACACACACACACCGCUGGGGUCCAGCCCACCAGUCUACAGGAGAACAGGACCAUGCUGUUCAUGGUAACUAACUAACACACACACACACAC